AUGAAGGACAGCGGGGACUCCAAGGACCAGCAGCUCAUGGUGGCGCUCCGGGUCCGACCCAUCAGCGUGGCCGAGCUGGAGGAAGGAGCCACCCUCAUUGCCCAUAAAGUGGAUGAACAGAUGGUGGUGCUCAUGGACCCGAUGGAGGACCCGGAUGACAUCCUGCGGGCACACCGCUCCCGGGAGAAGUCCUACCUGUUCGACGUGGCCUUUGACUUCACUGCCACCCAGGAGAUGGUGUACCAGGCCACCACCAAGGGCCUCAUCGGAGGCGUCAUCUCAGGCUACAAUGCUACCGUCUUUGCCUACGGCCCCACUGGUUGUGGGAAAACCUAUACCAUGCUGGGCACGGACCGCGAGCCCGGCAUCUACGUCCGCACCCUCAAUGACCUCUUCCGUGCCAUCGAGGAGACCAGCAAUGACAUGGAGUAUGAGGUGUCCAUGUCCUACCUGGAGAUCUACAAUGAGAUGAUCCGGGAUUCCGCUCUGGGGUACCUGGAGCUGAGAGAGGACUCCAGAGGUGUGAUCCAGGUGGCUGGAAUCACGGAGGUCUCCACCAUCAAUGCCAAGGAGAUCAUGCAGCUGCUGAUGAAGGGGAACCGGCAGAGGACCCAGGAGCCCACGGCCGCCAACCAGACGUCCUCCCGCUCCCAUGCGGUGCUCCAGGUGGCCGUGCGCCAGCGCAGCAGGCUCAAGGACACCCUGCAGGAGGUGCGGCAGGGCCGCCUGUUCAUGAUCGACCUGGCGGGCUCGGAGCGCGCGUCCCAGACGCAGAACCGCGGGCAGCGCAUGAAAGAGGGGGCCCACAUCAACCGCUCCCUGCUGGCCCUGGGCAACUGCAUCAACGCGCUGAGCGACAAGGGCGGCAGCAAGUAUGUCAACUACCGCGACAGCAAGCUCACCCGGCUCCUGAAGGACUCCCUGGGGGGGAACAGCCGCACAGUGAUGAUCGCCCACAUCAGCCCGGCCAGCUGCGCCUUCGAGGAGUCCCGGAACACCCUGACCUAUGCCGGCCGGGCCAAGAACAUUAAGACCAGGGUGAGGCAGAACCUGCUCAGCGUCUCCUACCACAUCGCGCAGUACACCAGCAUCAUCGCCGACCUGCGGGCCGAGAUCCAGAGGCUCAAGUGCAAGAUCGACCAGCAGGCUGGGCGGGGCCAGGCCCGGGGCCGGCCGGAGCGCGGUGACAUCCGCCACAUCCAAGCCGAGGUACAGCUCCACAGUGGGCAGGGCGAGCAGACCCAGAUGGGGCAGCUGCGGGAGCAGCUCGUCAGCGCCUUCCAGGAGCAGAUGGAUGUGCGGAGACGCCUUCUGGAGCUGGAGCACCGCGCCAUGGAGGUCCAGAUCGACACCUCCCGCCACCUGCUCACCAUCGCCGGCUGGGAACACGAGAAGUCGCGCAGGGCCUUCAAAUGGCGGGAGGAGCAGCGGAAGGAGUCUUAUACCAAGGACGAUGGUGAGAAGGACUCGGACACCGGCGACGACCAGCCAGACAUCCUGGAGCCUCCGGAGGUGGCUUCCGCUCGGGAGAGCAUCGCCGCCCUGGUGGGCGAGCAGAAGAAGCUGCAUAAGCAGAAGCUGGCGCUGGAGCAGCGCUGUCGCGAGCUGCGCACGCGGGGCCGGCGCCUGGAGGAGACGCUACCGCGGCGCAUCGGCUCUGAGGAGCAGCGCGAAGUGCUCAGCCUGCUGUGCCGCGUGCACGAGCUGGAGGUGGAGAACACCGAGAUGCAGUCGCACGCGCUGCUCCGCGACGGCGCGCUCCGCCACCGCCGCGAGGCCCUGCGCCGCCUGGAGCAGCACCGCAGUCUCUGCGACGAGAUCAUCCAGGGCCAGCGGCAGAUCAUAGAAGACUACAACCUGGCCGUCCCCCAGCACCUGGAGGAGCUCUACGAAGUGUACCUGCGGGAGCUGGACGAGGGCAGCCUGGAGCGGGCCGCCAUCAUGGACCGUGUGUCCUCCAGGGCCCUGCAGGACAGCUCUUUGCCCAAAAUCACCCCAGCAGGGACCACGCUGACCCCAGAUUCUGACCCGGAGAGUGUGAAGACACUGAGUUCUGAAGCCCAGCGCCUGCAGAACGGCACCCUCCCUCCCCUGAGCACCGAGAGUGAAGCCCACCGCAUAUUCAAGGCCAGUGCCCGAGCCUGGCAAGCGAAGAGCUCCUCCGUGCCCACCCCGCCUCCCAUCCUGACCGGCGGCCAGCUGACCUGGGAGGCCCCACCUGUGGACGGCCCGGGCAGCCAGAUCAACUCUUCCCCAGACAGCAGCGAGAAUCUGUCAGAGAUCCCUUUAUCCCACAAAGAGAGGAAGGAGAUCCUGUCUAGCACCAAAUGCAUCUCAGUGAAGGCCGCCCGGAGGCGUUCGCGGGCCCUGGGCACGGAGGGGAGCCACCUGCUGGCCCCCGCGACUGAACGCAGCAGCCUGUCCCUGCACUCUCUGAGCGAGGCUGACGAUGCGCGGCCCCUCGGCCCGCUGGCAUGCAAGAGGCCACCCAGCCCCGCACUGCAGCAUGCUGCCAGCGAGGACAACCUGUCCAGCAGCACCGGCGAGGCCCCAUCCCGGGUGGUCGGGCAGUGCGAGGAUGGCGCCGGGCCCUGGCUGCGUGGCCAGAAGAAAAGCCUGGGCAAGAAACGGGAGGAGUCGCUGGAGGCAAAGAGGAGGAAGCGGAGGUCCCGGUCCUUCGAGGUCACCGGGCAAGGGCUCUCCCGCCCCAAGACACACCUGCUGGGAGUCCGUCCCUCGGAGACCACCACGAACCACAGGGUUCCAGUGUGUGGACCCCCGGCCCGUGGUGUCCGGCAUCCGGGAAAGGUCACACUGCCUCUGGCCAAAGUCAGACUCCCUCCAAGCCACAACUCAGGCCCCGGGGACCCCUCACUCCUUGCUGUUCCUCCCAACCCAGCUAGUGUUUCCCGUCGGGCUACUCGUGGGUCCCACCUGCCUCAUGGCACCAGCACCCAUGGCAAAGAUGGACGCUUCCGACGUAACUGAGGUGCCGUGCCUGGAACGGGCUUUCUGGCUCCCAGACUGAAUGGAGAGUAACAGAAUGAGAAAUGAAGGCUGGGCGGAGGGGCGACCCGGGGGCAGAAACUCAGACAGCCGGGACUCCCAGAUUGUGGGGGCGUCUGCCCAACCUUCCCAUGCUUUCAAUGCCAGUGGGGAGGUGAGGCCAGGAGGCCUGGACGGGGUGGCCAGGCCCGUGGCCUCUCAGCCAGACAGAACAGUUGCCAAAACGCUGCGCCGCCCUGCGGCUGUUCUUGACCUUGGAAGUCAGAGACAGGCGGGGAUGGUAGUGAGACGGGACUCCUGGGUCCCUGGGCAGGGGCAUCUCAGCUGGCUGGGGAAGGGGCCGACGAGCACGUCACAUACUAUGGGGUGGCGGGGGGUGUCUGGUUUUGUUACUGCAGCGACUUUUUCCCCUUCCUUUUUAAGAAUAA